UUUUCAGUGAAUAUGUUCAGAUUGGUGUUUCUUGCCGUGAGUCUUGUGGCUCUUACUGGGGCUUUGCCCACGACAAAAGAUGUAUCUCUGAAUGAUCGUCCGACAAUUCACACAACCACAGGAUGGCUUCAGGGAACGACUGAGUCUUGUGGUCUAUUCUGCAGUUACUACAGUUUCAAAGGAAUCCCCUAUGCUGCCCCUCCGACUGGACAGAAUCGUUUUAGGGCACCUAGACCACACCCUGGAUGGUCUGGUACAAGAGAUGCUUCUGAGCAUGGUGCCAGUUGUCCAUCUGGAUCCCGUCUCAGUCGUGUUGUUAGUGAAGAUUGCCUCUUCCUCAAUAUCUACUCCCAAGAUCUCGUCGGACGUCGUGCUGUAAUGGUUUGGAUCCACGGAGGAUCUUUCAGCGGUGGCAACGGAGAUUCCUUCACCUACGGUCCUGACCACAUUGUGGACGACAAUGUCGUCAUGGUGACCAUCAAUUACCGUUUGGGUGCUCUUGGAUUCCUCAGUACUGAAGAUCAUCACGCUCCUGGUAACUACGGUAUGAAGGAUGCCAUUAUGGCCCUUCGUUGGCUUCGUGCCAACAUUGGAAACUUUGGUGGUGACCCGGACAACAUUACAAUCUUUGGGGAGAGUGCUGGUGGCGCAGCUGUUCAUUAUCUUCUACUAUCCCCAAGUGCUCGUGGCCUCUUCGAUAAAGCCAUCUCACAGAGUGGUUCAGCUCUAAAUCCUUGGGCUUUCCAGACAAAUCCUCGUGAUGUAGCUUUCCAACUGGCCAGAGAUUUGGGAUUCAACAACAUCCAGACAACUGAGCAAUUGAUCAACACUCUGAGGAAUGUUGAUCCCAUGGCUCUUGUUGAAGCUACUCCCGGAUCUAUGGACUAUGAUAUUCCCCGUGGUCUCAGCCCAAUCCCCUUCGUACCCUGUGUCGAUCCCCCAGGUACCACUGGUGAUGAAGUUUUCCUACCGAGACAUCCAAUGGACAUCAUGACCGACGGAUCCUUCAAUCACGUUCCCUACAUCACCGGCUACACAUCUGCUGAGAGUCUCGUAAUGAUUCGUGAAUUGCUUCUAGAUCCCAGUGUUUUCCCUACCAUCAAUGCCAAUCCUGAACUAAAAGUGCCCUUCUGGUGGAAUGUACCACCCGGAAGCGCUGCCGCUCAGUCAAUUUCUAGCCAAAUUGCCGACUUCUACUGGGGCGGAGUUCCUCUACACAAUGACAUUCGCGAGCAAUGGACUCACUACCUUUCCGAUCUUAUGUUCCUCACCGGAAUUGAUCGGACAGCACGUCUUCACGCAAUCGGUCAACCUCAGCCCGUUUUCUACUAUCGCUUCAGCUUCGACGGUAGUCUCAAUCUUAUCAAGAGACUCGCACUACUAACAGCCUAUCCGGGAGCCGUACAUGCUGAUGACAUUUUCUACCUAUUCUCCGUUACUAGCAUUCCACCACCACUUCUACCUUCCAACGAAGCCAUUAUGACCCGUAGACGAAUGGUACGUCUAUGGACCAACUUUGCCCGAUUUGGUCACCCAACGGCCAAUCAAGAUGCCAUAAUUCAAGUUAACUGGUCACGUGUGGCUGGAACUCAAGAGUUCCUCGACAUUGACACCGAACUCAGAUUUGAUCGCCAUCCCAAUCAAGCCCGAAUGGACUUCUGGGCUCGCUUGGAGGCACAAUACGCUCAGUAAAAUAUAUCGACUGUUGUAUGCAUUCCAUGCAUUUUUCAGAAGAUUUUGCUUUUGUAAAUAGACAGUUCAGUGCAUUUAAUAUUCGCUAAGGAUUUGCAAAACGGAUAAGCAAACUCUUCUGUUUUUGUACCGUGCACAAGAACCUGACUUUUCUGCAGCUUUAAUAAAAUUCAUUUCGAAAAUGA